UUACACAUUUAUAUCAUAUGAAUUAAGGUUUGAGUAGCAUCCUGUUGCGCCUAUUCUGUCCAUUCCAUUCACUUUCCCUUUACUAUCAAAUUCAUACCACUCAAAUAACAACACAGACAAGGACCUCUUCAAAAGCUGUAACUAUAAAAUACUUUAGAUACUUUAGACAAACCUCAAACGUUCCUCUCCAUUGUAUUCGAUUAGUUCCUCAUUAGCGUGCGUGUCAGUGUCGAAUUUUUGAGAAAAAACGAAAUCAGUACCAUGAUGAAGCUGACAAUUGGUGGCAUCAUAUACUUGGCACUCAUGUUCCAUCUGGGAACAGGUGCUGUGGUGAACGUUGAACAGAAGUUAAGUGAAGAAACGAAUAUUGCUGCGAAGGCACUUUUGGAGAAAAAGAUAGAGAAGAUUCAGGUUGAUCGAAUCUUCCAGAAUAACGUGGCAGAUAUCGAUACUGAGAAUAACCAAUUGACCACUGGAGAAUCCAAAUACGGUGAUUUGCAACUCGGAGCAGUAAUGAGCUGUUCUUGGAGAAGUAACAUAGGAAAAUGUUGUUCAUAUCUGUAUUAUAUCAAAAGAUUAUGCGUUCAAUUGUCAGUUAUCGGAAACGGAAUGUUUAUAGAGGCGUCGCGAAAUGGUUACACAUUUAAACAGAAAUAUCUCAGAGGUUCAGGCACCAUGACGUUCGGAUAUGCUUCUGGUUAUCUACAUCUGACGCUUACAGUCUCGGUAGUAAGAUCCAGCCAAAAUAUCAAAUCAUGUUUCCGAAUAGUCUAUAAUACUGGAUUCCACCAUUAUUCAUCGAAUCUUGGUUGCAGCAACAAGGGCUGGCACUCCAAUGAAAAUCGCCCUGUGAAAAACUUGAGUCCAAAUAUUAAAAAUCCCUUAGAUUUACAAGGGUUUGAUAUUGACCAACUUUACAAUGACGGAUAUCUCGAUGUAAUUGCUGAUAGAAGAACUCUUUCAGAAGUAAUGGUAAAAGACUUACGUUCUGAUAGAACGGUCGAGAAUAAUGUGGCGAAUAUGGAUUCUCAAAAUGAACAAUCGGUCAUUAAAGAAUCAGAAAUUGGAGAUUUGCAGGUGUUAAUUCUUAAGUGUAAAUGGAAAAAAAAAGCAGGACAUUGUUCCGUAUUAUUAAAUAAUCUUCCAUGGUUAUAUGUUAAUAUGACAGUAGUUCCAACUGGCAUUCAUUUUCAACUGCAAUUAGGUGUGCGUCCAAUUUUAGAUACCUAUAUCCGUAAGUAUUUUUCUUUUCUUUUUUGUUAUCUACUAAAAAGCAUGCAAUUAGCAACUGACUAAAGGAAGUUGACAGUG